GCUGCGCUCCCCAGGGCCCGUCUUGCCCUGCGUGACGAUACUUCUCCCCUCUUCUUGCAGCCCUUCGGGGAGUGGUGCAACUUGCGGCCAAAAGAUGCCGCCAAGAUGCCCGAGAGUGCCUGGAAGCUGCUUUUCUACACGUUAUCCUGGUCGUAUGGCGUCUACCUGCUCUUCUUCACCGACUACCCCUUCUUCUACGACCCACCGUCUGUCUUUUACGACUGGAAGAAGGGCAUGGACGUGCCCACGGACAUCGCCAUCGCCUACCUGUUGCAGUGCAGCUUCUACGGGCACUCCAUCUACGCCACCGCCUACAUGGACACGUGGCGCAAGGACUCCGUCGUCAUGCUCCUCCACCACGUGGUCACGCUGACCCUCAUCGCCUUCUCGUACGCGUUCAGGUACCACAACGUGGGCAUCCUUGUGCUCUUCCUGCACGACAUCAACGAUGUGCAGCUGGAAUUCACCAAGCUCAACGUCUACUUCAAGCACCGGGGGGGAGUCUAUCAUCGCCUCAACGAUGUCAUCUCCAACGUCGGCUGCCUCACCUUCAGCGUCAGCUGGUUCUGGUUCCGUCUCUACUGGUUUCCCCUCAAGGUGCUCUACGCCACUUGCUACUCCAGCCUCCAGUCGGUCCCUAAUAUCCCCUUCUACUUCUUCUUCAAUGCUCUGCUCCUCAUCCUCACUCUGAUGAACAUCUACUGGUUUCUGUACAUCAUCCUGUUUGUGGCCAAGGUUCUGAUGGGGCAGAUGCAAGAGGUGAACGAUGUGCGCGAGUACGACGUGGAGGAUGGCAAGAAAACCGCAACGGCCAAGAAGAAAGAGGCUGGACUCCAGCUGCCCAACGCUCUGAAAGAAGGGAUGCACCUGAAGAAUGGACUUGUAAAAGACAAGCGGUUGUAAGGGAUGCGUGGCUGCUGCAGCCCGGGCAGCCUGGCUGGAUCUGGGGACUGACCCAGGACCCUACGCUCAAACCCAGCAACUUGAAAGGCACAAGGAGAACUUCACCCCCGAUACCCCUUUGUCCCCCGCCCGGAGCCGGGGAAGAGAUGCCACUGACAGGAUCGGGCCCCU